AUGCAAUCUUACUUCGCCAACCAGUCCUGUGAUCCCUUCACAGACAGGUCCAUUCCUUGCACUCUGGGCAACUAUGUCAGCUAUGCUGUUGAUGUGAAGUGCACGGCGGAUGUGAGCUAUGCUCUCAAGUUUGCCAAGGCGAACAACCUUCGCGUCGUUGUCCGCAACACUGGGCAUGACUUCCUUGGCCGCUCUACUGGUGCCGGAGCCCUGGCCAUCUGGACCAACCACCUCAAGACCAUUGACUUCACGACUUGGUCCGACAAGUACUACUCGGGUCCCGCUGUCAACGUCGGAGCCGGUGUUCUCGGAUACGAGAUGCUCGAGGCUGCCCACGCCAAGGGCCUCACUGUCGUGUCCGGUGAGUGUGCCACAGUCGGUCUUGCUGGUGGCUUCAUUCAAGGUGGCGGACACUCUGCGUUGAGCACCCAGUUUGGCUUGGGUGCGGACCAGACUCUUGCUUUCCAGGUUGUCACGGCUGACGGCAAGACGGUCGUUGCGUCCGCGACUCAAAACACCGAUCUGUACUGGGCUCUCAGUGGAGGCGGCGGCGGCACCUUUGGUGUUGUGACUGGCCUCACCGUCCGCGCUUACCAGGCAGAGACUGUUGGAGGCGCCGCUUUCCAGCUUCUUGCUGCUACAACCACUCCGGAGAAGUUCAACGCCGCUGUCUCCAAGUUCCACGAGCUGCUGCCCAACAUGACGGACAACGGCGCUUUCGUUGUGUUCCUUCACAACUCUCAGUUCCUCGUCCUGCGACCACUGACCGUUUGGAACUCCACUGCUGCCUACGUUCGCGAUGUCGUUCUGGCGCCGUUUACCAAAGCCAUGGAGGAAAUCGGUGUCACUCUGGCGGUGGCCUACAGCGAGCUAUCCUACCGUGAUCACUACGACCGGUACAUGGGUCCUCUCCCUCAGGGCAACCUCGAGGUGACGAGGUACCAGUUUGGCGGCCGACUCAUCCCGCGUACAGUGCUUGAGACCAACAACGUCGAGUACCAGAAAGUCGUCAACAACCUCACGGCCAACGGCGUUCUUCUCGCAGGUAGCGUCGGCCACUACGAUAAGCCUGCGGGUGCCGCUAGCAACGCUGUGCACCCUGCGUGGCGCAAAGCCGUCAUGCAGCUGCAGCUCAUCACCAACUGGGACAACGCUGCGCCUUGGGCUGACAUGGAGGCUUCACAAAGACGCAUGACGGAGGAGUUUAUGCCACUGAUUACCUCUGUGACUCCCGGAAGCGCGUCGUACAUGAACGAGGCAGACUUCAGACAACCGGACUGGCAAAACGCCUUCUUUGGCGAGAACUACAGCAAGCUUCUCUCUAUCAAGAAGAAGUAUGAUCCUGAGUCGCUGUUCUACGUCCUGAAGGGCGUCGGCAGUGAGGCAUGGACUGUUGGUUCUGACGGCAGGAUGUGCCGCGCUUAA